AUGGACUCUACUACGACCGAGAAACACAAGUCCAGAUACCGGGCGGAUUCCGACGACGAUCAUAAGUCUAAGAAGCGGCGAAAAGACAAGGAGCACAAACGCGAUGAUGAGAGGGAGCAUCGAAAAGACAAAGACAGGGAACACCGCAAAGACAAAGACCGGGACCACAAAAAGGACCGUGACCGAGAGCAUAAGAAGGAUAAACACAGAAAACACAAGUCCAAGUCCAAGGAGCAAGGCAUUAGCGUGGUUGACGAUGACAGUGGAGAGGACAUGUGGGUAGAAAAGAACAUUGACGGUGAGGGAAGUGCGGCGUCUGUAUCUGGUAUACCGACCGCUGAUAGCUUAGAGCUUACUUCCAAUGCCUCGAGAGUUCCCGACGGAGCCAAAGAGCCUCCGUCCAAUGCCCAAACAACCCAAACAAAACUCCAACGUGAUGAAUGGAUGUUACUGGACCCCAGUACACCCACUGUUCCCAUCGGCACACCCUCUCGCCCUCCUGACAGGGCUACCAUUCAGACGGCGGAUGAAAUGACAGACGGUUUUGGCGAAGAAGUCAGAAAUAUGCGAACGUUGGGCGGAGGAGUCGACUUUUUCAGCUCGCUUGGCACGGAACAUAGGAAAAAGCCCCCUCCGAAAGAUCCAAACGAAAAACCGAAAAUAUCUGCUAGGGAAAUUAAUCGAGGAGAACCCGAGCCCGAGAGUGCCACCAGCAAAGGCCCACCCACACCAGGCGCUCCAGGUUCACAAUGGCGUAUGCUCAAACUCAAACGAACAUACCAGGAGGUAGAAGACGAUGGGAGAGCCAUAGAGGAUGUUGUUCGUGACCGAUGGGACUCAUGGGAACACUGGGAGGCAGCUCUAGAAGAGAGAAAAUGGCUGGAUGAACGUGGGGCAUCCCAAUCCCAAUCCCAGCGAUCUGGUCUUUCUCAGCGUGGGGGAGGUGGCGGCGAAAGAUACAUGUUCAACACCCCACCAGCUGACCUCUCCCGUUCGUCUUCGCGGAAUUCGUUCCGCAAACCUGGAGAAAGCGCCCCAACUACUCCAGGAGCAGGUCCGGGAACUGGUGCCAAUGCGACGCAAGGCUUCAAAGGUCGCGUGGAUGCACUGAAAGGGGCCCCAAAGCCUACGCUUGGAGAAGUCAAGUCGGGAUUGCAGUCCGCUGGACCAAGCACCCCUAUCCCAACUGUACUUGCGCCCAAUUUGCCACCCGCUCAGAGCAAGAAGAAGCGCGGACUAUCGCCUUCCGAAUUGAACAAACUACAGGCCAAGGUUUUGCGGGCGAAGCUUAUGGGAGGGGAAGAUGCUGAACGGCUGCAGGCGGAGUAUGACGAGGCCGUGCGCGUGGCGAACGGUGCCGGUGAUGGUAGCGAUGACGAUGAAGAAGAGACGAGGGUUGAGGCAGUUCCCACCAUGGAUGGACAAGGGAGAUUAUACGAUAUUGGGACCGGGAAGGGAGACCAGGGACCGCCAGUUUUGCCUGGUAACAGGCGGAAAAAGCAAGACAAGUUCGAGACGCGUGAUCCCAAGACAGGAGAGUUACUUCGCAUCAACGCGGACGACGAUACUCAAACCUUGGCUGACUUGCUUCGGGAAGAACGUCUCGGAGGAGGCGCGGCUGACCAAAAGAAUUUAGAUUCAGCUCUUGCCGGUGCGAUCGCUCGCGAUGGCAAGUAUGAAGACGACCUAGAAUAUGUCGACGAUAAUGCCGAGCGUCUAGCGAGACGUAAGAUGAAGAGCGACGCCAUGAAGAGACAGUUCGCUAUUCAAGACUAUGCUCGUACCCAAAAGGUGCUUGCAUCUUGCGUAUAUUGUCCUGGAAAUGACAAGGACGAGAUGGCACCCCCGCGUGCGGGGGUGAUUGCCAUGGGCACUCGGGCAUACCUUGCCGUCACGCCGAACGAGGAAUUGGUACCCGGUCACUGUCAGAUUGUACCACUGCAGCAUAUGCUCAGCAUGCUUGAAGGGGAUGAGGACGUUUGGGACGAAGUCAAGAACUUCAUGAAGUGUCUCAUGCGGACUUUUGCAGAAGAAGAUAAGGGGGUUGUGUUUUAUGAGACCGUGAUGUCUUUACGACAACAACGCCAUACAGUAAUUGAAUGCGUACCAGUACCAAGGGAACAUUUUACUGAACUACCUGCUUACUUCCGAGAAUCUAUUCUCAUGUCCGAGUCUGAGUGGUCCCAACACAAGAAAUUGAUUGAUUUCUCAAAACGUCCAGGCGGAUUCCGCCGCUCGAUGGUUCCGAACCUUCCGUAUUUCAUGGUGCAGUGGGAUUACAAGGGUGAACAGGGCUAUGGACAUGUGAUUGAAGGCCGAGAUAUGGCUGAUGACCCGGAUGGAGAUGUGGAUGAAGGGGACAAAGGAGGGGGGCAGUUCCCUAGAUGGUUUGCCGCAGAGAUCAUUGGUAACAUUCUGGACGUCGAACCUCGUCGAUGGAGAAGACCUCGAAAAGAGGAUUUUAGAAUGAACGAUCGGCGAGUGGAAUUAUUCAAGAAAAAGUUUGACAAGUAUGAUUGGACCAAAAUGCUUGCUCAGACGUCAUAA